UGCGGAACCGCACGGGAGGGCGGGGACUGUUAUCAAGAGUACGCACGGGAAAGCGGAAGCUAGCUGUGAAGAUGUUUGUGUUGUGAUGAGGCACCAGAAUUACUGUAACAUAUGUGGCGAAAAGGUUGCUUUGUAAACCACAGACUUUGAAUUGGUCCAAUUAUAAAUGCAAUUUAAAAGCUACAUUUGACCGUGUCCUGUUCAAUAAGCGGCUAACUGAGUUACGACUGAGAACAACCUAACGUGAGAGUAAUGUCGGCCAAAAUGAACGCAAGUAAAAGCAAAGACAGCGGUGAAGUUAUUAAAAGCUACCAUAAGCAGGCGUUUGAGUAUGUAUCGAAGGCUUUAAGGAUCGACGAAGAUGAUACAGGAGACAAGGAGCAGGCUGUGCUGUGGUACAAGAAAGGGAUUGCUGAGCUUGAAAGGGGUAUUGCAGUAGAGAUCACGGGACAAGCAGGAGAUCAAUAUGACCGAGCAAAGAGACUUCAAGAUAAAAUGGUCGCCAAUCUCACCAUGGCAAAAGAUAGGCUUGCCCUUCUAGAGGCAACAUUGGCCUCUAAAAGGAGAAGUGAUCCCCAGAAGACCUCAAAUCAUGCUCUUCCACAACCAAAGCCUGCGCCUAAAAGCCAUCCUGCAGUGCGAGGUGUGUCCACGAACACCAGGCCCACCCCUGCUGUCAGACCCCCAUCUAGACCUGCUGAUCCAAAGGUGACCCCACGGGGGGGGAAAGCUCAAAAUGGAAAACCUGCAGCUGUGAAACAGCCCCCAAAGAAGGAUAUGAAAAACUUCAAGAAUGUGGACAGCAAACUGGCCAACUUGAUUCUGAAUGAAAUUGUUGACAGUGGAGCAUCUAUAUCCUUUGAUGACAUCGCGGGACAGGAACUGGCCAAGCAAGCACUCCAGGAGAUUGUCAUCCUCCCUGCCUUAAGACCAGAGCUCUUUACUGGCCUGAGAGCUCCGGCACGUGGUUUGCUUGUGUUUGGCCCGCCUGGAAAUGGGAAAACCAUGCUGGCCAAAGCAGUCGCAGCCGAGUCAAAUGCCACAUUCUUCAACAUCAGCGCUGCCAGUUUGACAUCUAAAUAUGUGGGAGAGGGCGAGAAGCUUGUACGAGCGCUGUUUGCAGUUGCCAGAGAAUUACAGCCCUCUGUCAUCUUUAUUGAUGAAGUUGACAGCUUGCUCUGUGAAAGGAGGGAGGGAGAACACGACGCCUCUCGUCGAUUAAAAACCGAGUUCCUCAUUGAGUUUGAUGGGGUGCAGUCAGGAGGGGAUGACAGGGUGCUAGUAAUGGGAGCAACCAACAGGCCUCAGGAGCUGGAUGAAGCUGUACUGAGGCGCUUUGCAAAAAGGGUUUAUGUGGCGCUGCCGGAUGAGGAGACACGAUUCACGCUGCUGAAAAAUCUUUUGGGAAAGCAAGGGAAUCCACUGAGCAAAAAUGAGCUGUCCUAUCUUGCGAAAGAGACUGCAGGAUAUUCGGGAAGUGAUCUCACGUCACUAGCCAAAGAUGCUGCACUCGGGCCGAUUAGAGAGUUGGGACCAGACCAAGUCCGAAGUAUGGCUGCUAGUAAGGUGCGUAACAUCAACAAGAAAGACUUUGAGGAUUCCCUGAAGCGCAUUAAGCCCAGUGUUAGCCCACGGACUCUUGAUAUGUAUACCAAAUGGAACAACGAUUUUGGUGACACAACAGCUUUUUGAACUCGAUAGUUCAUUUUCACUUGUAAAAACAAAACAAAACAUAAAAUAACAGUUGAUUCUUCAGUUUUACUCUACGGAUACAAGAUGUCACUAACACGAAUGAACUUAAAAACCAGGUACAAACCCUUUGUAGGUUGGUAAAGCUAUAAUGUAUAAAUAUUAUGACAUGUUGCAAUAGGUGCAUUUCCUGUUUUAUGGGAAUACUUUGCUAGUAAGAUUUUUACAUGUUUCUUUACUGUAUUAUUACACACCUAAAAUACUUGUCAUGCUACUUGAAAUUUCAUUAUUUAUUCUCAAGAAUUUUCUGCAAAAUCACAAGUGAUCUCGCUUGCCUCAAGGGGGCAGCACGUUUCUGUAAAUCCUGACAACCUCACAGAUUUAGAUUAUUUUACUCAUCCAGUUAGUUACCUGAUCUAUGGACAUGUUGAUGGUAUUGAUCACCAAGUGCUCUCUGUACUUGUACACAUGCAAGAGUGAUAAUAAAUGGGAGAAGAUUUGCCAAUUUGGGUGCUUUUUGUAUUAUAAGAAGGUUUUUCCAUUAGCACACUGUAGAUGCAAAUAUUAAUAUAGACCUGAUGAAUUGUUGUUUUUCUUUUUUGUCAAGAGUUAUGACAUUUAGUUGAAAAGUAUUUCAUUGUGCAGAAGUGUAAUGGCCUUCCACUUUCGUCAUGCAUCAAUAAAUACGUUCAUUAAAGUUU